AUGCGGCUCUCGGGUCUACUCUACGGCAUUAUUGCCAUUGCUUCUUAUGCUGUUCGUGAGGUAUCAAGUCAAGAUUUCGCAGCGCAUGGCUAUUAUACCGAGCCAAAUACUGGCAUUACAUUCUAUACAAGUAGCGAAGCUAAUGGCACGAUCGUGGGUGAUGGAGAGUUCUCUUUGGUUUCACAAGGGGGUUACACCUUUGGAAUGGCAUUGCCACCCAGUGCACUGACUACAGACUCCUAUGAUUACAUUGGCUUGAUUAUUGGAUCACUUCCAAAUGGUACAGGAUGGAGUGGUGUUGUUCAUGGUCAACAACUUAGUGCUGCAAUGCCCGGACAUUUGCUGUUGAUUGCCUGGCCUUAUAAUGGAAAAAUAAUUACUUCGUUCCGUUAUGGUUCCUAUGCCACACCAGUGCUAUAUGGCGGGUCUGCAAGCGUAACGCAGCUUUACACCUCGAUAAAUUCCACACACUGGGUUCUCGUUUACAAAUGUACAAAUUGCUUCAAGUUCGAUGAUCCAACUCAAACAGCAUACAAUGUUAGCACAUCGGCAGGUGGCUUCGAGUACGGGUGGGCUCAGAACAUUGGCGCUCCAGAUAAUCCUUCCGAUCCUGCUAAUGCGGUUCUAUAUCAGCACAAUAAUGGCAUGGGCGAGUUUUCCAUCAAGGUGGCUUCUGCAACCCAGGCAUCCUAUUCAAACUGGGCUUCGAUGACCGCCACCAUCACAGCAACCACCGGUACAGCCACUGCGACUGUCACUUACUCUACAUCACCAAUACCGACUUCCACAUCCUAUGAUUAUAUUGUCGUUGGCGGAGGAGCUGGAGGUGUACCGAUGGCAGAUAAACUUGCGCAGAGUGGAAAGUCCGUACUCUUGAUCGAAAAGGGGGUCGCUUCUUCAGCCAGGUGGGGUGGGACGAUUCGACCGGAAAGUGGUUGGCUUUCUGGAAGUAAUCUUACGUGGUUUGAUGUUCCGGGAGAAUGCAAUAGGAUCUGGCACGGCGGAAGUGUUGGCGUCGCCUGUGAUGAUAUCGAUCAAAUGGCUGGAUGUGUUUUAGGUGGAGGUACUGCCGUCAAUGCAGGAUUAUGGUGGAAUCCAGACCCAUCAGAUUGGGAUUACAACUUCCCCCCUGGAUGGCAAUCAAAAGAUGUAGCAGCCGCCACCUCGAGAGUCUUCAGCACGAUUCCCGGCACGGAUCAUCCUUCAAUGGAUGGUAAAUUAUACGUUCAAUCAGGAUAUAAUGUUGUCGCAGGUGGUCUCAAGAAUGCUGGCUGGACGAAUGUUACCGCGAACAGUGUACCAGCCCAGAAGAACCGAACAUAUGCAUAUGCACCAUACAUGUAUAUCAAUGGAGAGCGCGGUGGUCCACUAGCAACCUAUCUAGUGGAUGCAAACAAACGCUCAAACUUUCAUAUGUGGCUGAAUACUAGUGUAAAGAGAAUUGUUCGUGAUGGAGGACAUGCAACUGGUAUAGAAGUGGAGGCCACAAAUAAUGGAGGCAGACAAGGAGUAGUCAGCCUGACUCCAGUCACAGGUCGAGUCAUAAUAUCAGCCGGUGCUUUUGGAACUCCCAAGCUCCUUUUCAGAAGUGGAAUAGGUCCCACAGAUCAGCUAAAUGUAGUCCUUACCUCCACCGACGGGCCAACAAUGAUUAACUCCAGCUACUGGUACAACCUGCCAGUCGGCUAUAACCUCGACGAUCAUCUCAAUACCGAUACACAAAUCUCACAUCCGAAUAUUUCGUAUUAUGAUUGGGUUGCAGCAUGGAAUACACCCAUAAGUGCAGACGCUACCUCCUACCUUACCAAACGCACCGGUCCUCUCACCCAAGCAGCUCCCGACAUCGGCCCUAUAUUCUGGGACCAAGUAACUCCCGGCGACGAGAUUCCUCGCGCAAUCCAGUGGACUGCCCGCGUCGAAGGCGAUGUUCCCACCGCUAUGACUCUCUCCUCUUAUCUUGGCCGUGGCCAAGUCGGCCCACGAGGACGUACAACAAUCAGCAAGGGCCUCACAAUGUCCGUUUCCGCCAUGCCUUGGGGAAAUACAUAUGAUCUCGCAGCAGUGGCGACAGCUAUUGAUCAUAUGGUAGCAGCACUUUCAACAGUCAAGAAUCUCACAUUUAUCUAUCCAAAACCGGGGAUGACGGGCGCACAGUACGUGGCAAGUAUACCGCUUACAUAUGCGAAUAUCGGGGCGAGGAGAGCAAACCAUUGGCUAGGAACUGCGAAGAUGGGAACGGAUUCUGGAUUGGCAGGAGGUACUUCUGUGGUUGAUCUCAACGCGCUUGUUUAUGGCACUGAUAAUAUUCAUGUGGUUGAUGCAUCAAUUUUCCCCGGCAUGCCCUCCACGAAUCCAUCCUCCCUCAUUGUCAUCGCAGCCGAACACGCAAGCCAGAAAAUCCUCGCGUUUCCGGCUCUCAAAGCGCUUCCGCGGUACGCACAAUGCGGAGGUCUGAGUUUCAAUUAUUCGACGGGUGGUUCGUGUGCCGCGCCUUACAAGUGUGCGGUGGGGAAUUCAUAUUAUUGGCAGUGUCUAUAA